AUGAAAGGAAAAAUUGGUGCAGCAAUGGAAAAAUGGCUGGAAGAGGAGAAAAAUCUCGAUAAAUGGCAGAAUAGACUUUCAGCAAAGGAUAGAACGAUCUUGAUGACCCAAUGGACUGGGGAGGAGUGGAGAUUUACAGCUGUUUUUACAAAUCUUGGUGAGAGUGGAGGAAAGGGUCCAGACUCAGUUGGCAGUCACUAUACAGGUCAGGAUCAUAACGGACAAGUCACUGUGUCCAGCGGUAUUCAACUGUGGACUGUGCCACACACUGGUGAAUACAGAAUAGAAACAAUAGGAGCCUCAGGGGGGUACAGUAAGGACAGUGUCAUAAAAGGAGGGAGAGGGGCGCGGAUGAUUGGAAACUUUAUGUUGACCAAAGGUGAGAACAUUAGUAUACUUGUUGGUCAAAGAGGACAAAAAGCGUAUUAUAACAAAAAAACUGGCUCAGGCGGAGGAGGUACAUUUGUAGUAAGAGGAGACAACGAGCCUUUGAUCAUAGCCGGAGGUGGAGGAGGAGUUGCAAAUAUGACAGAACAACACUCGGGGUGUGAUGCGUCCAUAAACACAACAGGAAAUGCAGGGUAUAACUCGCCAUUCCUGUCUGGAGGAAGUAACGGAGAAGGAGGACAAACUGAUAAACCGCCCUCUGGUGGUGGUGGCGGCGGCGGCGGCGGCGGCGGCGGCGGCGGCUUCUACAGUAAUGGAGAAAACUCUAAGAUGUCUGGUGGAGGGGGAAAGGGAGGUAAAGGAUUCCUGAACGGGGGAGAGGGGGGAACACAGCGGGGUGGGUUCGGAGGUGGGGGUGGAUAUCUUUACCUCCAUGAGUUACCUGGGGGAGGUGGAGGGUACUCUGGGGGAAGUGGAGGUGCGAAUAAAGAUAUUUCCUGUGGGGGAGGGGGAGGUUCUUUCAACAACGGAACAAAUCAGCAAAAUGAAUGUUGUUAUAAAACUGCUGGACAUGGUAAAGUGAUCAUAACAUUUCUCCACUGA